GUUCUACGUUAAUUGUCUCGUUGGUGACAUUUGUCGUUUGUCUCAUUAUUCUUCUUUUCGGUGGAGUGUUACCAGUGCAUCAUGUGUGAGAAGGCAGCAUCCAGUGGUACUCUGGUGUUCUUUGUCAAUGGAAAAAAGGUAGAAGAUGCUAACGUGGACCCAGAGUACACUCUCCUCACCUACCUCCGCAACAAACUUCGGCUGUGCGGCACGAAGCUUGGGUGUGCUGAGGGCGGCUGCGGUGCCUGCACAGUUAUGCUCUCUCAAUAUGACCGUGUCAAGGACAAAGUAAAGCACUUCUCAGUCAAUGCGUGCCUGGCCCCUGUGGCUUCUGUCCAUGGUCUGGCUGUCACCACUGUAGAAGGUAUCGGCUCCACUACCACUGGUCUACACGCUGUGCAGGAUCGCAUUGCUCGAGCCCACGGUUCCCAGUGCGGUUUCUGCACCCCAGGCAUUGUGAUGUCAAUGUACACACUCCUUAGAAACAACCCCAAACCCUCCAUGGCAGACCUGGAUGAGUACUUCACGGAAUACCAGACACGGGUGUUCUCGGCCAUACUGGAGAUGCUGAGAUGGUUUGCCGGAAAGCAGAUCAGGAACACCGCUGCAUCGGUGGCACAUCAUGACCGGGUCACACUAUUAGUGACCUCAACCCAUUACUCAUGGCUGCGGCUCCAUCCUACACUCCACAGCCAAGUCAGAGGCGCACGGCAAGUGGUGAUGGACCAGCACUUCUUCACUGGCUACAGACGCAACAUUGUCCAGCCUGAUGAGGUUCUGCUCUCUGUGCACAUCCCCUACACUCAGCAGGAUGAGUACUUCCUGGGGUACAAGCAGGCACGUCGACGGGAUGACGACAUAGCUAUCGUGAAUGCGGGUUUCCGAGUCAGGCUACAACCUGGCUCAAGUGAGGUGGCCCGACUGGAUCUGGCCUUUGGUGGCAUGGCUCCCACUACUGUGAUGGCCCUCACCACUAUGAAGGAAUGGUAAGGUCGUCGCUGGGCUUCACUAGUGGAAGCUGCCAUCUGCUCCUACUGACAAGACUGCCAUUGGACCCUUCGUGCCCCUGGUGGGCAUGUGGGAUACAGACGUGCUCACACUCAGUUUUUCUUCAAGUUCUACUUGAGUGGUGGGGGUCGCCUUAGUGAGAGUCUGCCACAGAAGUGGACGCCACUGGUCACAGGGGAGAAGGGGGCCAUCCACUGCCAGCAGACUGUACCCACCAGUGACAGCUGCUUGCAAAAGGUGCCUGAAGGACAAAUUUCCAUUGACUCCAUCGGCCGGCCCAUGACACACACGUCAGCACUGAAGCAGGCUACAGGAGAGGCAGUGUAUGUGGGUGAUAUGCCCUCCUUCACCAACCAGCUACACGCUGCCCUUGUCCUCUCCUCUCGUGCUCACGCAAACAUCCUCAGCAUCGACGAGUCUGAGGCCCUGAAAGUGGAAGGAGUAGAGAGAUUCUUCUGCGCGCGGGACCUCCCAGGAGAGAGAAAUGUAACCGGCUGCAUUGCCUCAGAUGAAGAAGUGUUUGCAUCUAAGACAGUGAAGUGUGUGGGCCAGGUGGUGGGGCUGGUGGUGGCUAGGGAUCAGGUCACUGCACAGAGGGCAGCCAAGUUGGUGAAAAUACAGUACCAAAAUAUUGAGCCAGUCAUAAUAACUAUUCAGGAUGCAAUUCGUGAGAAAUCAUGGUUGGAUCACUGGACAAUACGUAAUGGUGAUGUAGAGACAGCUUUCAAGAGCUCUGACCAUGUGCUGGAGGGCGAGAUGCAUAUGGGUGGGCAGGAACACUUCUACUUGGAAACAAAUUCCCACCUUGCAGUGCCUAAAUGUGAAGAUGGAGAAAUGGAGUUAUUUUCAUCUUCUCAGUCUCCCACCAAUACUCAGAUACUGGUUGCUAAAGCCCUUGAUGUGCCGAACAGUAGGGUGGUUUGCCGAGUCAAAGGAUGGUGGGAGGUUCGGUGGCAAGGAGACCGAACUACCCUCGUGUCUGUUCCCAUCUGUGUUGCCGCGGCUGCGUUGGGACGGCCAGUGAGCAUCAUGCUAGACAGGGACGAGGACAUGGUGGCAACAGGGGGACGAAACCCGUUUCUGUGUCGCUCGAAGGUUGGAUUCUCUAGUGAUGGCAAAUUGCUCGCCCUCAAGGUCGAUCUUUAUGCCAACGGUGGCUUCUCCCUUGAUCUCAGUGGUGCAGUCAUUCACAGGGCCAUGUUCUCCAUAGAUAAUGCUUACAGGUGGGGGUCGAUGGAGGUGACAGGGUACGCCUGCAGGACAAACCUACCCUCCAACACUGCCUUCAGAGGGUUUGGAGGACCCCAGGCUAUGUUGUUUGCUGAGGACAUUGUGUCUAGAGUGGCAGCCUUCCUCAAGGUUGACCCUACUCAAGUAAGGGAGAAGAACCUGUAUGAGAAUGGAGACAGCACACACUGCAGACAAGUACUGGAGCGAUGCACCCUAAAGCGCUGCUGGCAGGAGGUAAAACACCAGUCCAGCUUUCAUACUAGGACUGCUCGAGUCCACCAGUUUAACAGGGAGAAUAAGUACAAGAAGCGAGGGAUUGCAUUAGUGCCAGUCAAGUUUGGCAUCUCUUUCACUGAAAUUUUCAUGAACCAAGCUGGAGCUCUGGUUAUGGUUUACACUGAUGGUUCUAUCCUCCUAUCUCAUGGUGGCACUGAGAUGGGCCAGGGUCUCCACACCAAGAUGAUACAGGUAGCAUCUCGAGCACUGAAGGUCCCCACAGAAAAGAUACACAUAGCGGAGACUUCUUCAGACAAGGUGCCUAAUACUUCACCCACAGCUGCUUCAGUCUCCUCUGAUCUCAAUGGUAUGGCUGUUCUGGAAGCAUGCGACAAGAUAAUGAAACGACUACAACCGUACAUAGCUCAGAGUCCUCAAGGAACUUGGGAGGAGUGGGUGAAGGCAGCUUACUUUGACCGUGUUUCACUUUCUGCCACAGGAUUCUACAAAACUCCUCUCAUCUCAAAAUUCAAUUUUGAGACACUCGAAGGUCAACUCUUCAGUUAUUACUCAUAUGGAGCUGCAGUGACAGAGGUGGAAGUGGAUUGUCUUACAGGAGAUCACUCGGUGCUGCGAACAGACAUAGUGAUGGACGUGGGUGAAUCUCUCAACCCUGCCAUAGACAUAGGGCAGGUGGAAGGGGCUUUCAUGCAGGGUAUGGGUCUCUACACCCUGGAGGAGCUGUGCUACUCUCCUGAGGGUGUCCUUCUCACUCGCGGCCCAGGAAUGUACAAGAUACCUGGUUUCCAAGACAUACCAAGAGAAUUUAAUGUCUCCCUUCUGCGAGGAGCGCCUAACCCACGAGCUGUCUUCUCGUCCAAGGCUGUUGGUGAGCCACCUCUCUUCCUGGCUGCCUCAGUUUUCUUUGCUAUCAAAGAAGCAGUAGCUGCAGCUCGAGCUGAGCAAAACCUUGACCCCGUAUUCCGUCUGGAUUCCCCUGCCACAGCUGAGCGGAUCCGCAUGGCAUGUCAGGACUUCAUCACUAAGAAGAUUAAACCAGCAGUUCCUGGAACCUUUAAACCAUGGUCUGUUAUUGUGUAGAUGCAAAGACCAACAUUCCCUGGGAGAUCAAGCAGUGAAGAGUGUCAUUAUAUCAUGGUUGGAACAAUCUAGUUAUUCUGCAAUUCGGCAAUGAAAUAUUACAUUAGAUAUACAGUACCCAAGUUGAUAAGACAUGUGUGCAACACCUGAAUAUCUUCACUGGAGACAUACUUCACCAGUAGAAACCGGUAUUUUCUCUAAUACAGGGCCAUGAUGACACUAGUAGAAGAGGUGGAGAAUUGUAGUAGUUGUAGACAUUGUCAAAGGUGAGCAGAACCCACCAGUGAAAGUAGUCAUGGAGUCAGAGAAAUGGCCAGUGUGUUGUGGAUUAUUAUUAUAAUCAAAAAGAAGCGCUAAGCCACAAGGGCUAUACAGCGCUGCAGUGUGUUGUGGAAAUCAUACCUGUGACCAGAGUUGUGGAAGUAGUUUCUCUGGCCAAAGUUAUAGAAGUCAAUCCUAUAUAAUAGGUUUGCUUAAUUUAUCCUGUUACUUUUAGCACUGACCUUCAUGUUAUUACUUAAUAUGCCAUGUUCACAAAAGUGUGAAUUUUCUACUUAUUGAAUAUGUAUGAUUUCUUCAGUACAUGGAAAAUAAUAAAGCAUAAGUAUUCAUG